AAAAUAAACAAGAAAAUGGGGAUUGCAGCAGCUGCUGCUACUCACAAAUUGAUGAUUCUCGGCAAAACCCCCAAAUUCUCCUUUAAAAACCCACAAAUUCUCUUCGAUAAAACCCUUAUUUUUAAUUCGCCGAACUCUCCGACUCAUAUCAAUUCGUUGCUUUGCCUACGAGUCAACUCACUCCACUCAAAGUCCCCGCCCGUUCGCACCCAUCACCCCAUCCAAGAACUACUCCUCCUCCUUGCUUUUUUAUUGACCCUUUUGUGUUUCCGUCUUUUGUCCAAUGCCCUUUUGUCUGAUUUUCCUCUUCGUUGGCAACACCUCAUUGCUUUCUCUCAUGAAGCUGAAGCUCGGACCAAAUCUUAUCCAAAACAUCUAUGGCGAGCCAUCGUUGUUUAUGAGGAUCGUCGCUUCUUUAGGCAUUUUGGGAUCGAUCCAUUUGGGAUUGGUCGAGCUGUUUUGUCGCUUUCGGCUCGUGGGGGUGGUAGCACCAUAACUCAGCAGCUUGUGAAGAACACUCUACUGAAAAAUGAGCGCACAUUCUCGAGAAAGAUCUUGGAGACGGUGCUGGCUCUGGUAUUGGAAAGGACAAUGUCAAAGCAAAGAAUAUUAAGCUCUUACGUUUGUAAGAUAUACUGGGGACAUGGUAUUAAUGGUAUUGAAUCAGCAUCAAAAUUCUAUUUUAGGAAGCAUCCAUCUCUCCUGAGCUUGGCUGAGUCUGCGAUGCUUACUGGACUUAUACCAGCACCAGAGCUUAGAUCACCACUCAGGGAUCAUACCAGUGGCAAGACCUUCCAAGCCAGAGUUUUGAAAAGGAUGGUGCAAGUAGGCUUUCUUGACAUUGAGAUGGCACUUUUGGCAGUGAGACAACCUCUUUAUCUGCAUCUUAGUAGGGAAGAGCAUGCCAAUGGACUUUCCGAUGAGUUGGGAGUUGGAGGGAAGAAUAAGCAGAAUGAAGAAGGAACAGAAUCAACAUGGAAAGGUACAUGGGGUUGGGAAAGAGAAAGUAAAAUACGGGAAGUAUGUGAAGAGAUGGAAAGAUGGGCCAUCAAGGUUCGACUCGGAUGUACUUAAGGAAAAAAGCUUUGUUUGAAAUGAAAAGCGGAGCACUUGUAUUUAUUCAAGAUAACAUUUGUUGGGUUAAGAGUUAUUUUUAGGGAGGAGUAGCAUUUCAGUUCUCUCACCGUUCUGAAGAAAUAACAAGUUUAGGAUC